AUAAACCAAAAACCAGAAUCAAAAUAUUUUCCAAUCUCAUCAUGAAUCGCCUCGUGCAAGUCCUCCGCAGGCCUGGCGCGAAACCCGACAUCCAGGGCGUCGCCCCGACUCAGCAUCUGCAGAGUGAAAGUGCAGAGAGAAUCACUGGCUAUGUCGUUGCUCCAAAACAAAGAAUGCUAGACCGUUGGUUGGACUGGGUAGUUUGUGCGUCGGGCUCGAGGUUUGUUUUCUUCUCGAUCUUGACGGGCUUGCUGGCCUGGGCCCUGCUCGGUAUUCCGUAUGGAAGAACGGCGAGCUGGCAGGUCAUCAUCUCGGACGUCCAGGCUAUUGUCAGUUAUAUCUUCGACUCGCUUCUCGUUCGUCAGCUGCUCAACGGAUAUGAGGAUGAGAUGGUGGCUGCGGCGCAGGUGCAGUCACGACUUGCAACUCAUGCUCGGCUGUUGAGGGCCCUUGGUCAGGGUUCAUCGAAGGGUAGUCAAGCUGGGGGUGCAGCUUCUCAGAGUGUGACCCCGGACAUUGAGGAGCUGAAGACACCCCUUCCGAAGGAAAAUCAAUUUUGCCGCUACAUUUCGGCGGUCGCACACAUCUUGGGGCAUCCUGUUAUCAUCGUACUGUUUUGGAUUGGUGUCUUUGUUUGGAUUGGCAUUGGCAGUCUCUGUGAAUGGAGCGAUGCCUGGCAGCUGUACAUGAACUCGGCUUCAUCUGCGCUGAUGGUGUUUGUGUUCGCAUUUCUGGCCAACGUUCGUGAGCAACGUUCCGCUUCCUCGAGAAGGACUCUCGAUGCAAUCUUCACGUUGGAUUCGACUCUUGAACUCAGGCUACGAUCGCUAACUGGCGACACACUACCCAACACUGCAGUCGUGAUCUCCGCACCGAAGGUCAACCGGGUUCAGCGCGCGAUCUUCUACUACGCAGACUUCGUCGGAACCCUAAUCGGCAUUGCCCUCCUACUCACCGUGAUCGCCGUCUGGGUCGCCGUCGGUCCCCUCCUACACUUUGACUCCGACUGGUGGCUUCUCAUCGGCACCUACGCCGGGCUCGUCGGGAUGAAUGAUGCCUUUGUCCUCCGAAACAUGCAAAUGCGCCUAGGAAGCUACGUGAGUGACGAGUUCGACAAGAUCCAGACAGACGAUCACCGGUUGUUUGAGACGAUCGGACUACCUAUCCCUGAGAGGAAAACACUCAAUGACUCAUCCAUCGCCUACCAGGUAUCAAAGACUAUGGGAAGGAUCAGCGCCCAUGAGCUCACCGUCGUUGUAGGCUUUGUCACUAUCCUGGGGUUGAUCGCAGGGGCCAGUGCUAUGAAAUGGAGCUUGACUGGCCAGCUGCUCUGCAAUGUUCCGCCAAGCUUGCUUGAAUCCUUCUUUAUGAUCAUCCUCAUCACGGGCGACAACUUGAUGGAGGAUAGGAAGCUGGUUGAUCUGCAGAGUAUCUAUGAUCGGAGAAUCACUCUUCUCUGGUUUGUCGAUUUUCUUAGACAGCAGACGAGGGAUUCGGGACGGGCUAUUGAGAAGACGACGGUCAGGACUUGUCUGUCUCGGGGUGUUCCGGAGGAGCUGGCUUAGAUGGGAUUGGGUGUUUUGUCUCAUGUCUGCAGGCUGUGCUUUCGGUGUGGGUUUGGGAGAGUGUGUGGAGAGGCAGUGCAACGUGCCCCAAUUCGAC